AAAUCUGUGUUUUUUUGCGACCACAAAGAAGACAAAGCAAAUUUUGCAAAUUUUCGGACUCAGUUCUCCCGAGAAAUCCGAUUGCGCAACCUCGUUAAACUUGGAGAGGAGUUUGUAAAUCCGACGUGCAAUAUGCCCAUUCAACGUAUAAUUUUUGCUUUUGGCCAUCGCACCAUACCUUUGUUGGCCAAUCCUGUUAGCACACAGGCCAUCCGUAAGAUGUCGGUAUCCGUUUUGGCCACAGAAUCAUCUGACAAAGGCAUGAUUAUUUUGAACCGUCCUAAGGCUUUAAAUGCGAUUAAUUUGGAUAUGGUGCGUAAAAUCUACAGACAUUUGAAGAAAUGCGAAACAACCAAGUCUCUAGUGAUAAUUAAAGGUACCGGUGAAAAGGCUUUCUGUGCUGGCGGCGAUGUACGUGCUGUGGUUGAGUCGGGCCCCAGCGAAGAGUCAAAGAGUUUCUUCCGUGAAGAAUAUACCACAAAUGCCUUAAUUGGUAACUAUACCAUACCAUAUAUUGCCCUUAUUGAUGGCAUUACCAUGGGCGGUGGAGUUGGUUUGUCGGUGCAUGGCAAAUAUCGCGUGGCCACCGAACGUACCCUGUUCGCCAUGCCCGAGACAGCUAUAGGCCUGUUUCCCGAUGUUGGCGGCUCAUAUUUCCUACCACGUUUGCAGGGCAAACUUGGUCUAUUUUUGGGUCUUACCGGUGUUCGCCUAAAGGGAGAAGAUGUUUUCAAGGCUGGUAUUGCUACUCAUUACUGUGAAAGUGCUAAAAUUGCUGAAUUGGAAACGGCUUUACUCAAUUGUCCCGACGCUGACGAAGUACCCGAAAUUUUAAAGAAAUUUAAUAACCCAUCGUCAAAACCAUUUGCCUUGCAACCACAUUUGGAUCAAAUCAAUAAAUGUUUUGCCGGUGAAAGUGUAGAGGAAAUAAUUGAGAAUCUCAAGAGCGAUGGCAGUGAAUGGGCAACAAAAACUAAAGAGGUUUUACUUAAAAUGUCACCCACCUCAUUGAAAGUAACUUUCCGUCAAUUAGAAUUGGGAGCUAAAUUAUCUUUGCCACAAUGUCUUAAUAUGGAAUAUCGUAUGGUGGUACGUCAUUUGGAGAAUAGCGACUUCAAAGAAGGUGUACGCGCCCUACUCAUUGACAAAGAUCAAAAGCCCCAAUGGAAUCCAAAAACCUUAGAUGCCGUAACUGAAGAACAUGUACAAUCGUUCUUUGCCAAAUUGCCCGACACCGAAGAAUUGAAAUUGUAAAUUGAAUGAAUGUUUGCUAAAUUGUUUUGAACGGCUUUUGUUUGUUUAAUUUUUUUUUAUUAUUUCUGUAUGUUUUGUGGCAUUUCUAGGAAUUGUGCAUACAUUCCACUUGCAAGCUACCAUGUAAGGCUUGGAAGAUCUUUAUUUUUUUAAUAUAUUUUUUUAUAAUUGUAUUAUUGUGCCUUAAAGCCAAAAGUGGUUUUAAUAUUACUUGUUAUAACCUAUCGAAUUUUUUAUUAUUUUUGCUUAUUUUUUUAAUUGGCUUUUAUUCAAUUUAGAUUUCUAUAUUUAACAUUUUAUGUCUGUUAAGUAAAAACUAAAUAAUUUCUUUGUUAUUUUUAUUUUAUAUCGUUUUCUCUUCACAGGGCCAAAUAAGAAAAAACCUCCGAAUAUCUGAAACACUUCAAGUGUUGUAAACAAUAAAAAAAGUAAACAUGAGUACCAGGAUAUUACGCAUUUACAUAAAUUACAAUUAUCUAUUAAACGAAAUUGUAUUAAAUGUUGCAAAUAAGUGCUAAUCAUUUAUUUUGCAAACAUUGUGGUUUUUUUCAUCACGAUAUUAAUUAGUUUACAUACAUUUAAGUAAGAAAAGUGCUAAAUUUUUUUUAAAUAUACAUACAUAAAUUGUUUUUCAUUUUCAUUAUGUGCCUUAAUAAAAAAAUUUAUUUAAACAAUAAUAAAUCAAACAUAGUAUUAAUUAACACAAAGAA